GUGUUGAUUAGACAAUGACAAUUGUGCCUGUGCUAUUUUACUUUUUCUCUACAAUGAUACCAUAAAUACCAUAAAGAAGCACAACUUGAUACGCAUAACCAAGAUAUAAACCCUAAUUUGGUUAACGGAAUUUAGGAACAAAGCAUGGUUGUGAAAGUGUAUGGUCCAACCUAUGCUUCCCCCAAAAGGGUUGUGGUGUGUCUGAUUGAGAAGGAAGUUGAGUUUGAAGCAGUGCAUAUUGAUCUCUUCAAGGGAGAGCAUAGGAAACCUGAGUUUCUCAAGCUCCAGCCAUUUGGAGCCCUUCCUGUUAUUCAAGAUGGUGAUUAUACUCUCUAUGAAUCUCGUGCAAUAAUCAGAUACUAUGCAGAAAAGUAUAAAGACCAAGGGACUGAUUUGUUGGGAAAGACAAUAGAAGAAAGGGGUCUUGUGGAACAAUGGCUUGAAGUGGAAGCUCAGAACUUUCACCCACCAAUUUACGACUUAGUCAUUAAUGUUUUGUUUGCCCCAUUAAUGGGUGCUCCAUCAGACCAGAAAGUGAUCGAAGAGAGUGUUAAAAAGAUUGAGAAGGUGCUGGAUAUUUAUGAGGAGAGGCUGUCAAAGAGCAAGUACUUGGCUGGUGAUUUCUUCAGCCUUGCUGAUCUGAGCCAUCUUCCAUUUGGUCAUUAUUUGGUGAACCAAACUGGGAGAGGGAAUUUGGUAAGAGAGAGGAAGCAUGUGAGUGCUUGGUGGGAUGAUAUUAGCAACAGACCAUCUUGGAAGAAGGUUCUUGAGCAAUUCAAAUACCCUGUCUAGCUGCUUAAUUGGAAGAAGGGCUUUGUCCUUCAAUGUUUUCUGUUAUCUGCUUCAGAAUAAAUCGAGCCUAUGUGCAAGAUGUGGACCUCUCUCUCUCGAGUUUGUUUUUGGAUUUGGAUCUUUAACUCUUUCUUGAAUAAUAACUUUGUGUAAGGAUUACUGUGAUCCCUGGUGCAUACGAGGCUAUGUUAUGUUAAAGUAACUUAUUUAGGAGCUUGAAAUAUAUUGACUCUAAGUAUCUAAUAGAGUUUUUUUGUUAAAUACAAAAUAAAAGGAACCUGUGUAACUUU